AUGGCACCCAAGAAAGCAGCAGAAGCUGGGAAGAGGAAGAAGGAGAUGAUUCUGCUCGAGGUCAAGAAAGAAAUCAUCAGGAAGCAUGAAGUAAUACGAUUGACUGACCUCGCCAAAGAGUAUGGAAGGAGUGCAUCCAGAAUUGCUACCAUCCUAAAGAUGAAAGAGAAGAAAACUGGGAGAGAUGCAGCCACAGGAGUCACCAAGGUCUCCAAGCAAUGGCUACCUGUUCUAGAGGAGGUCAAAAAGUUGAUCCUGCUCUGGAUUGAAGAGAAGCAGCGUGCAGGGAACACAGUGACUGAGGCGAUCAUCUGCCAAAAAGCCAAGGCCUUGCACGCCGACCUCCUCGACCAACAGCCAGGAAUGUCGGUUGAUGCAGAAGGCUUCAAGGCAAGCAGGGGUGGUUCAAAAGGUUCAAGACCAGAGCUGGCAUCCACAGCGUGGUCAGACAUGGAGAUGUUCAGAUGUUGCUGCAGCUGA